GGGCAAACAUAUUUUUUAGAAUCAAGAACCCGGAAAGUGAAAAAAGUCGUUCUUGUUUUACAAAAUCACGAAGUGACGCCCAUUCAAAACGUUUUCUUACAGUUUUCGUUCCUGGAUUUGCUAGAGAAUCUGAAUAUUUUCGUUAUUUAGCUUUCAACUAUGCUUCUCAAAGAGUAUCGCAUAUGCAUGCCCUUAACAGUUGCCGAAUAUCGGAUAGCUCAGUUGUAUAUGAUUCAGAAAAAGUCUCGUGAAGAAAGUACAGGUCGUGGAAGUGGUGUAGAAAUAUUGAAAAACGAACCUUAUGAAAAUGGUCCUGGAGGAAAAGGCCAAUACACAUUUAAAAUUUAUCAUGUUGGUAGCCAUUUACCAACUUGGCUUCGUAAUAUACUACCAUCAUCGGCUCUACGUGUUGAAGAAGAGGCAUGGAACGCGUAUCCAUACACCAGAACAAUUUAUAAAGUUCCCUUUGUUGAAAAGUUGGUACUUGAUGUGGAAACAUAUUUUUUCGACGAUGCUGGGGAACAAGAUGAUGUUUUCAACCUUUCACCAGAUGAAAGAAAGGCACGUAUCAUUGAUUUUAUUGACAUCGUAAAAGAUCCGAUUACUGGAAGUGAUUAUAGACCAGAAGAAGAUCCUAGUAUUUAUGUAUCAGAAGCAACUGGUCGUGGUCCAUUGUCGCCUAAUUGGCGUGAGGAAUUUAUUCAUGCUCAACAAGCGACUCAUGAAACUUAUGAAAAACCACCAACUCGAACUCAUGAUAAUUCACCAGCUAUUGUUGAAAAUCUGAAGCCACUGCAUAAACGUAUUAUGUGUGCAUAUAAACUUUGUCGAGUAGAGUUUCGUUAUUGGGGUACACAAACACGAGUGGAACAGUUUAUCCACGACACUGCACUUCGAAAAACUAUGCUAAGAGCACAUCGACAAGUAUGGGCGUGGCAAAAUGAAUGGUAUGGUCUUACAAUAGAGGAAAUUCGUCGUUUAGAAGAGGAAACAGCUCAGGCAUUAGCGUCCAAAAUGGCUGAUUCUAACCAACCGCCAAAUAAUGACGGCGAGUUAUCUAAGCAAGUUCAAUCAACAACAUCAAACAUCAAUGAAACUAUGAAUGCUAUUGAAGUGAAAUGUAAUCAGCCUGAUGAAAAAUGUGAAUCCAAAUCAAGCACAGCGACAUCAGAAAAAUUCCAUCUUCCAGUUAAUUCAACUGAUAUUGCAGAACAAAAUUUAUGGGCUGAUUUUAAGAAAUUAGAGGCGAAUAAUUUUGAACUUGAUGAUUUUGAACCUUUUACAGCACCGUGUGCAGAAUCCGAUGAUGAUGCUAGGUCAUUUGUUACAUGUUGUAGCGAUCUUACUGGGAAUACUGAUUAUGCUACCCCUCUUGCGUCAAAUUUUCAGAGUUUUGAUAUUCCAGGAAUAAAGUCUUGCUUUAACCAAAAACCUGUCUCUAGUAUUCAACAAAAUUGUGGUAAACUAGUCCUUAUAUUAGUGAUUCAUGGUGGUUGUAUACUUGAUUCAACUUACGAUUUAACUACAAAACGUUCCGAUAUUUUAACUUUUCGAAAAACAAUCGAAACAGUAACAGCUAAUCACUAUCCAACAUUACAUAAUCGAAUAGCUGUAAAACUUGUACCAUGCCCUACAGAAAUCGGCGAUAUAUUCCGAUUAUUCUCGAAAUUGAAAGCUUCACCAGAUCCUACUAGGCCAAUUGAAACUCAAUUGCUACGUGAUUUAAUGCCUUUGGGGAGUAUUCCUUUAUUUUUGAUUAAUUCAUCUGGAUAUUCGCGAAUGUUGGAACAAUUAUCAUUUAAUUUGAACUCUCAUUAUGCUGAGUUUUUACGUUCUCCUGAAGGAAUUCACUUUUCUGGCAAAGUUUGUAUAGUAGCUGACAGUGUUGGUUCAAUUUUGGCUCAUGAUCUUUUUACAAAACCUUCUACUAAUCAUGAGUCAGUAUCGAAUAAUAAUGAUACAAGUAUGACAGAUAUUGGAUUAAUGCGUCGUAAACAAUUUGGUAUUCAUAGUUUAAUACAGCCGGAUAAACAAAUCAAAACCCCAACUUUAAUAAACAGCCCCAGUGAAGUCACUUUAUGCCCACCUGAAUCAAAUACUAGUCUAGGAAACGUUGAAUUGUCCAACCUUGAAAAUGAAGAAUCUAAAUCACAUAGUCGAAUGUCUUCUUUAGACUUUCAAGUACAAAAUUUUUUCAUGUUGGGUUCACCAAUUGGUUUAAUUUUGGCUUAUCGUUAUCAACAAAAUCAAUUAACAUCGUCUAUUGUAUCAUCUAGUAAAACAAAUCAGCUAAUUACUAAUUCAUCUUAUAAUAUGGUUUAUCAUUUAUCAAAAGAAAUUAAGUUGUCCGUAGGUCAAGCUUAUAAUCUUUUUCAUUUAACUGAUCCAUGUGGUUUUCGCAUUGAACCAUUGUUGGAUAAUCGUUUCAGCUGUAUAUCCCCAAUAUUCAUUCCCCAAUAUGUUCGUUAUCCACUUGGAGAUGGACAGUCAACAAAUCUAAUUGAAACUCUUAUACAGCAGGCUGAAUUAUUUUCUGCAAAUGUUUCAGAAAAAUCAUACAAUUUAUCCGACAGUGAUAAUUCUACGAUUAAUGAAAAUAAUGAUAGUACUGUAAAUGUAAAACGACAAUUAACAAAUCAACAGUUAAAUUGGGAAAAAAAGUCUAUUGUUGCACUUGAAGCAUUGAAAAAAGUUCAACAGUCAUGGUGGGGACCUAAAAGAGUUGAUUAUAAUGUUCAUUGUCCAGAAGCAAUGCAAAAUAUUUUAGCUCGUGCACGUCCUUCAAUUUUGCAUGCAAGCUACUGGGAAUCAAAAGAUGUAGCAUCUUUUAUUAUACGACAGAUCCUAGAUACACUGGGACUAAGUGUUCUAGAAACAUCAUACUCGGCAGAUUUGUCUGAUGAAAUAGCUGUUACGGAACUGGCCAAAUUAUCAUUGAAUCCAAAUCAGAUAAAAUCACAAACCUAUGAGGUUAUGGAUGAUUCCAGUAUACAAAUUUCACAGCAAUCAGAAAAAAGUAGUAGUAGUCAAUCGAGAUUCUCCAACCUCAGUCAUACUUUGUCAUUUGGACCUCGUAAUUUCUUGAAACGAACAUCAUCUGAACGAUUAAAGUCUGCUUGUAUUCCAUAUCAUGUGAACUUUAAAGCAAAUCAUCGAGCAAAUGAUGUGAUUACUACAACUGGAUCUACACCACUUAUCACAGGUCGAUUUGCUUUUGGUGGAUUGGAUUUGAUGAGUUUUUCUUCCGAAAAAAUCCGAGUUGAAAUCCAAUCUAUUAGUGGGUCGUGGUCAUAUGUAUGCACAGAAGUGACUGAUUCUUCUGGACGAAUCCGAUUCUCUUUGCCAGAACAAAUUCAUCUCCCGGAUGGACUAUAUCCUAUUAAAAUGACCGCUGAAUCUGAUCCUGAUCACCCAGUAAUUAUUACAUUAGCUAUAGUACCUCCUCAAACUGAGGUAGUGGUAUUCAGUGUAGAUGGAAGUUUUGCAGCAAGUCUGUCCCUGAUGGGAAAAGAUCCGAAAGUUCAUCCUGGUGCUGUAGAUGUUGCUCGUCACUGGCAGGGAUUAGGAUAUUUAUUAAUCUAUUUGUCUGCACGACCAGAUAUGCAAAGACGUCGGGUUACAAAUUGGAUGGCAAAUCAUAAUUUUCCCUUUGGGAUGACUUUCUUCCUAAAUGGAUUAUAUUCAGAUCCACUGAAACAGAAGGCUCAAAUGUUAAAAACAGUUGUUGAAAACGCCGAUUUGCGAGUUCAUUGUGGUUAUGGAUCAGGUAAAGAUAUCAAUUUAUAUCGUUCUCUUGGUUUAUCAACUCAAAACAUCUUUCUAGUUGGUAAAGUCUCUCGAUCACAAGCGUCAAAUGGAACUCCAUUAUUACAAGGAUACUCGUCGCACUUAUCUUCGUUAAUCAAUGGUCAUACCUUAUCUCGACCUGCUGUCGGAUCAAUGAGUAUAGCAGUGCGUUGUUGUCCUUUUGAUUUACCGUCAGUUUAUCCUUCGUCACCGUUAUUAAUGGAGUCUAAUUUGCUUCGAAACAAUUCUCUCAAAUUUUCACCUCAAUUAAGCCAACGAUUAUUAUUUAAUGAUGAAAUAGAACAAAAUACAUUGUAAUAUUCCUAAUACUUAUCACUUAUUAUUUUAUUCAAGUGAUUCAUCCAUGUAAGCUUCAAUGUUAUAAAAAGAUGAAAUUUUAAACUAUUUUUGAGGGUUAAAUUAUUUGUGUUUGUAUAUUAAUCAACUGGUUUUCCCCCUAUUUUCAUCCGUACUGUAUCAUUUUCAAUUUUAUUGUUGAAAAAACCUUUUAGUUUAAUAACUGGCAAAGGUUUCCCAUUUGCUUGUCACUAAAAAGCAUUAAUUCUAAAACUUUAUCUUGUAAAUCCUCGUUUUUUCGAUGUUUCAUACAUUGUAUUUAAUCGCUCGGUUUUACAAAUAGCUUACACACUCGUCAUUAACUCAGAUUAUAAAUUACUCAAAGAUCGUGAUCAUUUCUCAUCGUCAUCUUGUAUUAUUAAUUAAGUGCAAAUAUAUUACACAACUAUGUUGCUCCUAUCCAAAUUUUUAUUGAUAUACGAUAGUGUAUCCAUGCUUACCACUUUAUUAAGCGAAUAUAAUCUUUCUGUUGUCCCACUGAAAUGAAUAAACAUACUUUCCAAUUAGUAAACUGUGAUUUGGUUUUUUAUCAACUACAAAUUACACCUUUUUAUGUUAUUGACUGAUUAUUCCUACAUUCUGUACAAUUUAUAAUUGAUGGUUAAUUUGUUCACUUAUAAAAUUGACUCAGUUUCUGUUUUAUAAUAUAUUUUUCAAUGUUGUCAAAGUUGUGUUGAAUUGGUUUCAAAGUUAUAUGAUGUUAAACAUGUUUUGGUUGUAAAAUUCUCCUACAGAGUCUAAUUUUCUGUGGAUCUAAAAAGUAUAUUUCCUGCGCAUUUGUUUCAACCGAUAAUAAACUUAUACGAUUCAUUCAUGAAUUUCUGAUUACUUAUAUGUUUUUUUCAUAAUAGUUAUAAUCACUAAGCAUAUGGAAUGUAGGCAAAUGAUUAAUUGAAGCCAUUCUUACUCAUAUCAACAGAAUACUAAACACUCAUGUAUAAUAAUAUAUUCUAAAAAUAAUAAGUACAGAAUUCACGCCAGUUUACAGGCAUGAUCAAUUUGAUAUAAAUAAUAACAUUAGAGGUACAGGACAAACAUGUGAUAGAAGAUAGUUUUAAGUAUACUAGCUCAGUAAUUGUUUAGGUAGUACAUUUAUGACAUGUAUUACAGCAGUCUAAUGCAUCAGCCGGGGACUUUUAAUUUUUUUUAAGUGGACAGCCUGUUUUAUGAACGGAGCAAUUAAGGUCAUUUCGUGUGCCAGAACGAAUUAAUGAUAAUUAUCUACAACUAGAGAAAGUAAAAUGAAAACCGAGAGCACAGAACAACAAAGCAAUAAUUACCAAACUAUGCCACGAAUGCGUUUCAUGUCGAGCACUGUGAAAAUUAGAGCGGAAAGUAAUUAUUAUUGAUGCCACAAUGUUUAUUGUGAAAGUUAUUGCUAUUGCAGGAAACUGCAGUCUUCUCAACGGUAAGCAGUUUAAAUCGAGAAGUUACUCCGCUUGCUCACAUUAGUAAUCACGAUAUCCUUAUCAAUGUAAUUAUAUAAAUUUUUUGAAGUUGCGAAGAAUUGUAUUGGUUGAGACAAACUGUAAACAAGAAGUUUUCAUAUAUGCCAACAAUUCUGGGACAAAUAUUUUGUACUUCAAAUGGAUUAAUUUUGUUUUUUAUGUCCACAAGAUUGAAUAAACAAUCUAACAAUAAACGGUCCAGUCGUUUACAACCGUCAUUUGACAAUCAUCGUAGUAAAUAAUCAUGCAUCAAUGUCUGGUUGUUUAGCAUUUAAUUUAUCUCUACGGAUCGUCGUAAACAUGUUUAUUACUGUUGAUCUGAAUAUACAGUUUGGUUCAACAAUUAGGGAUCCUGGCAUUUCUAAGUCUUUAUAAUGUAACAUCAAAUAACUUGGGUCAACAUACAUUAAAUACCUUAACUUCUUGGCUCUCUAAACGAACACUCAUGAUGUGGGUAUACUUAAUAUUCCACAGUCUAGGACCACCUAUCGAUCUAUCAAUAACUGAAACUCUCUUCCAGUAUGACUAUAGAUCCUAUCGACAAACUAUGAAGCCUAAAUCAUCUUUCUUUACUAGUUCAUAAAGACUUACGUGGUGAGCAAGAAAUACGUCAAACUGCCAAUAAAUUGGAAUAAAAACUAUGUUACAAGCACUAGCAAUACAGAAAUUGAUGUGUCAUGCAAAAAAGCCUGUUAAUAGCUGAUAAAUAACGACACAAAAAAUCCACGACAAUAUGUAACGUGUGCGCGAAAAUCCGUGGCUUACCCGCCAGUCCGUGCCUAUUUACUGGGCAAGGUUUAAACGUUAGGUCCUUUUGAAAUGUGCCCGCCCUUUCGUUUCAACGACCUUGAACGGCUUGACUAGAGGCGGUCAUUCCGUAUUUCAAUUGCCGUGGGUUGGUUGGAUUGCAUGAGUACCAAGUUUUUUCAUAUAUAAGUCAUGUUAUGCUACAUAAAAAGCACGAAAUAAAUACCAAAACCAUUAAUUUAGCGUUCUCUGUUUUGUAGUGUACACGUUGGCUCUGUUGUUGCUUUGUAAUUUGAUCUUUGAUCCCAACAACUGUAGUAAAGCUCAACGAAAUGUCAAGUCACAGGUAAAUCCUAAGUAUUUGUAGUAUUUUCUUGGGUUAUUAUUGUCGCAAGGAAUAACCUUUUAAUAAUUAGUCAUUUCUGUUUUUAGUGCUUCAUGCUCAAGUGACAUUUCAGUCGACCUAACCGAUGCCUUUCGAAGUAUGAUACUGAACAAGCGUUUCGUCUUGUGGGAUGAUUUUGAAAGCGCCUUAAAAGAGUUCCAAAAAGUAUGGAAUUAUAAUUUUAUCGCUUCUCAGACUACUUAUACUCGUUACAUUCACACA